AUGUUAAGUAAAUCUUCAAAAGCCUCAUUGGUAUGGACACUUAGUAGCAAAAGUUCUUCUAGAAAUGACAGGAACUCGUGGCAUUAUCAAAGGUUUCCAUGGAAAAGAGCAACAUAUUUAAGAAGCUUCAUUCAUAAUUCUGCUUCAAGCUUCAAUAGUGGUUCCUUAUCUGCAGCCAGCAAGAAAUUGCUUCUAUUGAGAAAGAGGGAUAAUGUAUACACCAGGUCAACCCGUGGGUUUUCUCUUUGGAAAUCCAAAGUUUUAGGCGUUGGUGGGUCUAGUUUAAAAUGGUCAAAAUCCAUUGAGAAGCACUCAAAGAAAGCUAAUGAGGAAGCUACACUUGUUGUUGCUGUUGUUGAGAGGAAGAAGAGAGAAAAGAAAAAAUCAGCUCGUAGUGGUUCUCAGACAAAGAGAGAACGAAUUUUUCGUGUUGGUUCAGUUCGCUACAGAAUGGAUCCUUCCAGGCGGACAAUUCAGAGGAUUUCAGAUGAUGAGUCCCUGUCCUCUGCCUCAACCAGUUCAGGUUCAGGUUUGGUUUCUAAAAGAGGUUACAUUCCAAGGAGAUUAGUGAUUGGAAAUGAUGAGUACUGUUCUUUUUCAUUGAGUUCUUCAACAUCUUUUGUAUCAGUGUCAAAAUUUGUUGUCUUUUUCUAA